UCACAACAUAACAUGAAGCUCACAUCAUUAAUGAUGGGCUUGGUGCUUACAUCGUCCGUGAUGUCUGCAUAUAUCGAGCGUAGUGACCUGGAAACAGCGCUCAUCACGCUUGCACCAGAUGCCACCUCUACCCACACCGCUGUAGCCGCGGAAGUAGAGACUACAGUGAUGUUGAACAAGAGAAUCAACGCCGACUCCCUCGAGGAAAAAAAGAAGAAGUUGAUGGAAGCAUAUAAGGCCAAGUUUGGAAGCAACGAAGGUGAGAAAAAAGAUGACUCGCCUAAGCCCUGGGUCCGGACCAUCUACACAAAUGUCAAGGAGAUUGUUCGUCCCACUGUGAUCCAAGGUGUCACUAUCAGUGCCAAACCUCCAAAGACCACCAACGGACUAGAACCAUGGAUUUCCUUGAAUAAAAAUGGAGCCCCCAAAACCAUUGUCCCACAAUUGAAAAACGGUCACAUCAAAAAGGCGCUGCCUACGUAUGGAACAUGGUUCGCUACCCCCACCACUAUUCGUUAUACAAAGGAAGAGUUGAAAGCACAUAAUAUGGCUGCUGACGAAAUCCACGAAGAAGUCGAGUGGGUCCCAGAGGACCAGACCUACCAUGAGUUGAACCCUAUCAUCAGGUGUACACCUGACCUGUACUUCAAAAAGGGAUUAUCUAAAGAUACCAGCUCUGCACCUUUCUGUUUCCCCUUUGAUAAUCAGGUUUGGUACAGAGAUAAGACGUACUUUGUGACAUGGUACCUGCAUUACUUUGAGGGUGCAGAGAAGGUGCGGUUGCAUUUGCUGGUGAUCAAGCCCAGUCUUAAAGAUCAUGGACUCAAGAAACGGUCUGCUAUCAUGGAUAAAGGAGGAAAGAUCACCAUACCUUCUUUCUUCACCACCGAUUGGGUUGAUAAUGAUGACGGGAUGUUGGCUCUUGAAGUCAUAGAAGAGUUUUUCCCCAAGGAUGCGAUGGAACGUAAAGUGUUACUCUCGAUCCAACCUAAUACAGUUACUGAUGAGGACUUUGACUUGCUCAAAAACUCGUUGGUAUUGACACUCAACAAGCCUGGAAAGGUAUACAAGGGUCACAAUGAAGACCUUGAUUACUUGGAUGAGAAGCAAAGAAUGAAGAACUUGAACGUCGAAAUCGAUGAAGGCUUGGACUAUGAAAAGUAUUUUGCAAUCAUGGGAAUUCCUUUAUUUGUGGUUGCUUUGGCCAUGGGAAUGUAUUUGUUCGUGAAGGUUAACAAGGUUGAUUUAAGUCAUUUGAAACCCAAAAAGGCCCGUGGAACAGACCACAAUCACCGUAGAAUCCCAUUUAAGAAGAAGAAAGCAUACUCUCCAUUAUCGCAAAACCUGAGUGACAUUCCGCUCAAGAACAUGACCAAGAACGAUUAGAAGUCAUGAUAAUACCCCUUCAUGAAAGCGCAAGUAUGUAGACUAUUGGAAUGUAUAGCUUAUGUAUAACAAUGGAAUAGAUGUGAACUUCGU